UUGACGCCCACUCGUCACUGAUCAACAAGCUCUACAUGUAUACAUAGAGCAUAGAUUGAAAGUUAGAAGAAGGAAAAUCUAUGAUCUAGCUAGCUAGCUAGCUAGCUUAUAAGAAUCAAUGGCUACUGUAACUCUAUUUCUUUGUUGUCUGCUGGGAAGUGUUUCUCUUGUGCAUGUAUGGACAACCUUUGAUUCGACUAGCAUCACCAACUGAGCCCCCUGACACUGACCACACUGGAGAUGUCAUCUCGUUCUCUGAUGUUGGAUCUAGAGCAUGCAGGAACUGGUACUAAUCCACGAGCCUGGUAUUGCUACACCUUAGACCCUGGUGGUGUAGUGUGGCAGGGUCCUGAUGGGACUAACGUGCCCAUAGGCGUCCCGAACAAUCCCAACACAGCCGCAGUUGAUGACGAACUGAUCCUAACUGGUGUUUCUGGAGUUGCCAUUGCUCUGCAUCGUGGUCCCACACACUUCAGUUCUGAUGGAGAACACUGCUGUAGGAGGUUUAGCACAGGACUGAGUAGAUGUGUCACCUUCACUCCCUGCCCCACACUGAGUCCCCUGUCUAAUGGAAUGAUCUCAUACGACCCUGGUACUGACAUGGCCACAGCCACCUACAUCUGUGACACUGGGCACACUCUGACUGGUACCAUCUCAUCCAUUACCUGUAAUAAGGCCACAAGGCAGUGGAGUAGCACUGAGAGAUUCACUUGUGAACUGAUUUGUCCAGACCUCAUGCACCAUCCCAGCCAAUGGAGCACCACUUGUGUACAGUGACACCACCAUCCCCAGAGAUGAUGGCUCCAUGGCCUGUGACACUGGCUACCAGGUUACUGGACUGAUGAUGAGGACGUGUAGUGUCAGUGGAUGGAGCACUGGAGAUGACCCUGUCUGUACUGCUAUCUGUCCUGUCCUCACCCUCUCCAAUGGAUUCAUCGUCUACGAUCCAAACUCAUCCCCCGUACUAGAGGGAGCCAUGGCUACACACGCCUGUGUCACUGGAUACCAACUGUCCUUAUCUCCAGCUACUAGGAUCUGUCAGUCUGACAGAAUGUGGAGUGGAGAUGACAUCACUUGUGAACGUAUGUACUCAGACUGACUUAAUAAGGUAUUACGAAACCAAAGAAAUGCCAAUUUCUUUCAAACAUAAAAAAAAACAGUGAAUCUGAAUCUACUCACCAAGGAGAGCACAAAUGCGUUGUUCCUGAACUUCUUCUUACUGACGAUCUUUACAAAAAUGCAGGUAAAGGUGGCCAUCUAAAUUGUGCAGCUAGCGGCGGAUUGUUCCUUUAUAGUGGCCGCGGUCAGUGGAUUUAAAGCCGCAGCGCUAGUGCUUUAAAUAGAAAUUAAUUCAAAGCGGAUUGUUCCUUUAUAGUGGCCGCGGUCAGUGGAUUUAAAGCCGCAGCGCUAGUGCUUUAAUACGUAUAUGGUAAGUGAUUUUUUUGUGGUUGCUUUGCUUACCAGUUUGUAUAACUGUGAUACAGAAUGGGAACUCCUGAUCCGCCUGAACAAACACCUCAGCGUCCAGCACGGACCCCUGUUCCAGUCACUCUUUCUCCAAUUCCAAGGCCUGUCUCUAGCUCUCCUCCCAGUGAUCCUGCAGUGCAAGAUUCAUACGAAUCUAGUUCUUCUAGUGAUGAAGACUACGUGCCUCCUGCUCCUACUCCACAGCGAGGUAGAGGCAGGGGCCGUGGUCGUGGCCGUGGUGGGGGUGGUGCGGGUGGUGCAGGAGGCAGAAGUGUCUAUGUAAGUAUUGAAGUUUUAUUAUUAAUUAAUAGUGUUGUUUGAACUUUCCAUAAUUUCCUCCAUAU